AUGGAACUGACGCCUGGAGAGAGAACUGUCUGGGCAAUUAUCGGACUGAAUUCGAUUGUGUUUGGUGCCUGGCAGGUGCCUCGACUGGCACCCUUCAUGCACAAGUGGUUCAUGCACCAUCCAGCCCGCAGCCAGUCCAUCACUCUGCUCACCUCGAUGUUUAGUCACCAGCACUUUUGGCACUUUGGGCUCAAUAUGUUUGCACUCUAUUCGUUCGCGGUGCCACUUCACGACCAAAUGGGCAGGGAACAGUUCUUGGCCUUUUAUCUUACAACAGGAGUCACAGCCUCUUUGGUUUCUCAUUUAUUCACGGUCGCUCGUGUUCCAUGGGCAAAGAUCAUUCCUUCCCUCGGCGCUAGCGGUGCUCUGUUCGGAUGUCUGAGUUCAACGGCGUACAUGUAUCCGGAAGCCACGGUUUAUAUCAUCUUUUUGCCGUUCCUGCCGAUUAAGAUACCCAUGGCCUUGGGAGCUAUGAUGGGCCUUGACCUGGUUGGCAUCAUCCGCAACUGGAGGAUGUUUGAUCAUUACGCCCAUCUGGCCGGUGCAUCAUUCGGCCUCGCUUACAUGUAUGCAGGAAAGGAUUUAAUCUGGACACCACUUCAGCAAAAAGCCAUCGAACUCAACAAAGACUCGAACUUGUUUGGCAAGAUGCUACCAAAGGCUUCUUCCCAAGGAGAGAUCAAUCAACGUAGAUCUAUGGGCUCUGUUAAAGACGCCACCGGAACGGAUAGAGUGAGUGGCGAGGGAGAGCGCACUGCGAAGGACUAUGCGCAGGCUAGAUAUAACAAACUGAAGUCAUGGUGGGAUACAAAGCGAAGCGGAGGUAAUAAAGAUCCUUAG